UCAGUUCCCGCGUGGUUGCGGACGGCAGCGCCGUGAGUUUCGCGUCACGCGUCAUGUAUUUGUACGACUAACUUCUUAGUUCCCGUAUAGUCACAGAAAAGAAAGUACGAUGGUAACUGACGUUACUGGUGAAGAUGACCAAGGCCCUCAAAGGAGCAAGUCGACGGUGAAUAAUCACCCAUCGAAAGUUAUCUUCAAAUCACCGUUUAGAAGUACAACAAGUAGUUCACAAGUGUCUUUCUCGUCGAAUAUUAGCCUGGUGUACGCGUGUCUGGUGUGGCUCUUGCUAACAGAGUUGGUGCUCUCGUACUGUCUCUACACGUACACAGCACAUGUGGACCGCAAGUGCACUUCCGCUGUUGCCACUGCGACGCAACAGGCAGCGGCAGCAAUGGCCGCAGCCGCACAGACCAACCCGUUUCACGAUUUCGAAUUAUAUCGCCGCAGGAAACGCCGUGCCAGGGCAUCUCCAUCUUCAGUUCUGGAGGACAACACGGUAAACCCGUCAGGUGUGGCUGGUGCCGAGGGUGCGAAUGUAGAGUUCUUCAACCCUAAAUUGCGUCAGGAACUUGAGGAGAAAGACAUGCAUGGAAGCGGCAAGAAGGCCGCCCCCGGAUCGACGCAAACUGAAGGGGAGACAGCGAACAAUCCUUGGGUGUGGUUGACAUCGUAUUCAAGGAUACCGCUCGUAGCCAUUCAAGGCUUUUGCUCGGCCACGAGGGAAUACUGCCCCCCUGGUCCUCAAGGAGCACCAGGACCACCAGGUGCUCCUGGUAUGCGGGGUAGCGAAGGACUCAAAGGAGAUCGCGGUGACAGAGGAUUUCCCGGUGAACCAGGAUUACGCGGUCCUCCAGGAAUGCACGGAGCACCAGGGCCUAAAGGAGAUAAAGCACCACCUGGACUUGACGGUCGGGACGGCGUUCCUGGUGAACCUGGACUGGAUGGGAUCCCCGGAAGGAACGGGUUAGACGGUAUGCCCGGACUGAACGGGUACGAUGGUAUGCCAGGACUUCCUGGUAUAAAUGGAACUAAUGGUCUUCCUGGAGAAACGGGUCCUCAAGGUCCUCCGGGUCCCAAAGGCCCCAGAGGGUUGACUGGGCCCCGAGGGCGGCCAGGAAAACCAGGCACAAACGGUGUGCCUGGAGUCCCUGGUAUCAAUGCUUGGACGGUGAAAGUGAAUGGUACAACCAUCAACGAAUUGCUUAUUCCACCUUCAAUAGCUGCCCCUGAGGGUCUGCCGUCUUUGAAUCCAAUUAUCGUUCACGAAGGAGGGAAUGUCCGGCUUCGGUGCGCAGCUACAGGGAUUCCCCGCCCUGCUGUGGAAUGGCGCAAACUGGACGGUUCUGUAAUUCCCCUCGGUUCUUGGCAAGCUGUUUCUGUAUCGGGGCACACAUUGAACAUCACACGCGUUAACCGUGGCCACAUGGGAAUCUACAACUGCAUUGCAGACAACGGAGUGCCUCCUUCCGCAAAUCAGACUUUUAACCUUGAAGUUCAUUUUCCACCGCUUAUUCGAAUCCAGAACCAACUAGUGGGAGUUGCAAAUGGAUCAUCAGGAGUCCUGAAAUGUGACGUUGAGGCUUUUCCUGAGGCAGUACGUUACUGGGAAAGAGGCGAUGGCCGACUACUGGAAUCUGGAGACAAGUAUCAUAUGACCUACAAUGAAAAUGGCCGAUACAAGGUUCAUAUGCAACUCACCAUUACAAAUGUUGGACCAGCAGAUUUUGGACCAUACCAUUGCAUAGCAAAGAAUGAAAUGGGAAUUACUAAAGGCAUCUUCACAAUGUUUGAAAUAGAUCCAAGAUUAGCUACACCACCAACUGUGCAGAUCAGCGGACAAGGUGAAGUGACAUAUGGGGAGGGUCCCCCUAAACCAGUAGACCUGGACGACCUCUGUCCUCCACCGUCUUGCCCUGAAUGCCCUGCUCCAACAGAGUUUAAAUGUCAUGAUGGGGGCAUUUCACUCUUCCAUUUGAUAGGAAGGAUGGAGAUCAAACCAUUUGGUAAUGAAACAUACAAAGGCAUUCCUGCUCGGAUUCUCGACUGCCAAUUAUAUGCAGUAGGGAAGCCAGUGUACCAUCGGUAUACAAAUAUGUCCUAUGGAAGCUGGAUGCGAGAUCCUCAGCCUUCUACCGAAACUGGUGGCCAGAAAUUCUGGUUCACGAAUGAGAGUGAUCCAUACCACUUGUAUGAAUAUGAAAACAAGACCCUGUUUCGAGCUGGAACACCAAGUGUUACAUACACACUGGACCACCCAUUUAAGGGCAAUGCACAUGUCAUAUACAAUGGAUCAUUCUACUACAAUGAACUCAACAAUCCACAUAUACGGAAGUAUGUUCUUGCGACCAAGAACACUCAUGUGCUAAAUGUGCCAAUGGUGGCCACCAAAGGCAACAACUACCUCUACACUACAAAUUACAACUAUAUGGACUUCUCUGUAGAUGAGAAUGGACUGUGGGUUAUAUAUGGCAUACCCAGCACCAAUCAUACUGUAGUCAUGAAGGUGAACACUGAUCACAAGAUGGAGACAGAAUAUAUGUGGAAUAUAAGCAUCAACAACCAUCUAUUUGGCGAAAUGUUUGUGGCUUGUGGUGUACUCUAUGCUGUUGAUUCCAUCACUGAAAGGAACUCCAAAAUAAGGUUUGCCCUGGAUCUGUACAAGAAUCAACUGCUUGAUGUAAAUCUUCCAUUCACCAAUCCAUUCCGGGGGACUACAAUGGUUGGCUAUAACCAUAAAAACAAAGAACUGUUCACAUGGGACAAAGGAAAUCAGCUUACAUACCCUAUUCGGUAUCAUGAGAUUGGUUACAAUACCAGCAAAGAAGAUAAGGGUGAACCAGAGACGAGCCCUCUUGUACAAACAGGAUAUGAUGUGUACUCAUAGGAACUGGUGAAAAAUUGGAACACAUGUCACAUAUCUAUCAGGCCUAAUUCCUCAACAUUCAUAUUCUUUGGGAAGUUUUUAGAUUCUGUCUUCUUAAUGUUAGUGAAGUCAUAGAGUGAUGCAUCACUACCAGUACACAUGCAUUGGUAGUGGCACUAGAUGGAAAAGAAGAGUGGUGGGGAAUCCAAACAGAAUGUGCAGUGAGCUAAAGAAAUCUUUGUGAAUGGACUAAACGACCAGUGUACUUCAGAUUGUGAUGUGAGAAUAUUUCAUGUACAGUUGUAAGAAGAUAUAAACGAAGAAACAAAGAUUGUUACAUGACUAUAAUUACUACACUUAUUUGUAUCAAUAUUCCACUGACAUAAGGACCAUUUUCUAAUGAAAUAUUAUUUCUGUACAUGUGAAGAAAUUUCAUUGUGAGUGUAGACCUGACAGCAUGGCAAGAUGGCGUGCAUAUUGAACUCACAUGAGAUCAUGUGUCUUGAAGACGAGAAAUAGAUCAACCAUCUGAAAUUUUAAUAAUAAACUCUCUCAAGCAGUGGUUAAGCAUGUACCACCUGUUUCAACAUUUUGCCACAGAUUUUAUGUAUGGGUUUCAUAUGAUUCUGAGAAUAAACAGAUGAUUAUUUCCCUAACAGCA